AUGUCUUCUCGAUUCUUUCACGGCGGAGACAGCGAUAGCGAGUCCAGCUCAUCCGACGAAGAAGAACUCUAUGGUGAACGUGAAGAAGAGUCUGAAGAAGAAUCGUCGGAAGAGGAUGAAGAAGAGGAGGACUCCGACGAAGACUCCUCUGAAGAUGGAGAUCAUGGUGUUGGCGCUAGUCGUUUCUUGAAGCCUUCGGGCGGAGGUGCCGAUGACAGUGACGAUAGCGAUGACGAAGAUCGAGAACGAGUGGUCAAGAGUGCAAAAGACAAACGCUUCGAGGAAUUGGAAGGCACGGUCAAGUUGAUUGAAAAUGCCCAAAAGAUUAACGACUGGGCUGUCAUCUCCACAGAAUUCGACAAGAUGAACCGUCAAGUCGUCAAGGUUCUUCAACAAGGCACAGCGCCCAAAGUCUACAUCAAGAUGAUUGCCGACCUCGAAGACUUGAUCAACGAAACCAGCGAGAAACAAAAGACCGGCGGCAAGAAGAUGAACCCGAUCAAUGCCAAAGGCUUUAAUGCUAUGAAGCAGAAGAUCCGGAAGAAUAACAAGGACUAUACCACCGAGGUCGACAAGUAUCGAGAAAACAAAGAUGACUACAUGGAGUCAGAUGAGGAUGACGGGCCACAAGAAGUUGAACAGAAAGUGCGGAGAAGCAGAGUGCAGCGCCUUGAUGAUUUAGAGGCAGCGAUUGACGAAGAAGGCUUUGCGACGGUAGGACGAGGCGGCAAAACACUCGUCUACACCCCUGAGAGUAUCCUCAAGCAUCUCCGAUCGAUCAUUGAGUCCCGUGGCAAGAAGAACACCGAUCGAACAGAACAAAUUCGAAUCAUGGAGCGACUAUUAGAAGUGGCCAAUACUCCCUAUCAACGGAUCCGUGUCCUGUUGACCCUAAUUUCCACCAGAUUCGACGUCACGACCACAUCUGUUCAGAACUACAUGUCUCAGGAGUCAUGGCGUGCUGCUGAGCGGGAGUUCGCAUCCCUUCUGGAGACACUGGAGGAGGAGCCUACCUACAUUGUCACAGAGGGCGCGGACGAAUGGGAAGAUGACGAGAAAUCACCCACUCCUGGCCCCAAUGAGACGUUUAAAAUCCCUGGCAGUGUGGUCUCCCUCGCGGAACGUCUCGACGACGAAUUGACACGCUCUCUUCAACAAACAGAUCCCCACACCGCAGAAUACAUCGAAAGACUAGGAGAUGAACAACUUCUGUACACCGACAUAGUUAGGACACUCAUCUACAUUGAGAACAUCAACAAGAAACUCGAGAAAUCGGAAACUCGACAAGAUAACAUCAACCGAACGACGAUCAGACGGCUGGAACAUAUCUACUUCAAGCCCACACAGGUCGUCAAAAUCCUUGAAGAAAAGACCUGGACCGCUCUCCCAUCCAACCUGAAUUCCGAACUCACGCCUCGAGGUCAGUAUCCGGAGGUUGCAUCCCUUGUGCAAAAACUUUGCAAUCACCUUUUCGAGCUUAGUGAAGGGAUCAUCAGAGCUCGUGCUAUGCUUUGCCAGAUCUACUUCCUCGCCCUUCAAGAUGAUUAUUACAGGGCUCGAGACUUGGCACUGAUGAGUCAUUUGACUGAGAACAUUUCCUCAUUCGACGUCAGCACUCAAAUCCUCUUCAAUCGAACACUGGUUCAGAUCGGCUUGUGCGCAUUCAGAGCUGGUCUCUGCUAUGAAGCUCAAGGUGUACUCCAAGAAAUCUGUGGCUCGGGCCGCCAGAAGGAACUUCUCGCCCAAGGCGUGAUCCUCCAAAGAUACGCGACGGUGACUCCCGAACAAGAGCGACUCGAACGUCAACGACAACUACCUUUCCACAUGCACAUCAACCUCGAGCUCCUGGAAUGCGUCUAUCUCACCUGCAGCAUGCUUCUGGAAAUCCCAUUACUGGCACAGACCGGCUCAUCCCCGGACAUCCGCAAGCGGGUCAUCUCUAAGACCUUCCGCCGCAUGCUUGAGUACACGGAGCGACAGGUCUUUCAAGGACCUCCAGAGAACACACGUGACCACGUCAUGCAAGCAGCCAAAGCUCUCGCACAGGGCGACUGGAAGAAAUGCCAGGAUCUGAUCAGCAAGAUCGGCAUCUGGGACCUCCUGGGCAACGACAAAGACAAAGUCAAGGAGAUGCUCUCGGCACAAAUCCAAGAAGAAGGCCUACGCACAUACCUCUUCACAUACGCGCCCUACUACGACACGCUCUCGGUGACGACGCUAUCAGGCAUGUUCGAGCUGGACGCCAAGAAAAUCGCCGCCGUGGUCUCCAAGAUGAUCUCGCACGAAGAGCUCGCCGCGGCGCUCGACCAAGUCAACGACGCCAUCGUGUUCCGCAAGGGCGUCGAGCUGUCGCGCCUGCAGAGCCAGGCCAUCACCGUGUCCGAGAAGGCCAUGGGCAUCCUCGAGUCCAACGAGAAGGUCCUCGAGACCCGCACCGCCGGCAUGGCCAACGCUUUCCAACGCGACCAGGGCAAUCGGGGCGGUCGCGGUGGACGCGGUGGUCGUGGUGGCGGUGGCGCAGGCGGUCUCCCUCGCGGCGGUGGCGGCGGUGGACGCAGACCUGGGAAUCAGCAGUUCAGUGGUGGUGCGCUCGGCAAUGCCAUCAAGGCUUGA